UGUGAAAGCAUGGAGCUGGACAAGAAAAUCCGGGAUCUGAUUGAGGGAAGUACUUCUCUUGACUCAAAAAGGGUCACCCCAGAGGCUGUUCCACGUCACCAAAAUUCAUGUUCUCCAAAGACUCCAGGAAAAACAGUUUCCAUGGCACAUCUUGCAGAGGACACAUCUAGAAUGAGUGCAGCAGAAAGUUCUACGGAGCAUGCAGAGUGCACUCAAUCAUCAAGAAGAAAGAAUGGGACAAAUUCUCUUGAACGAAAGAUAAGGUGUUUGGAAAAACAGAGGAAAGAGCUCCUAGAAGUUAACCAGCAAUGGGAUCAGCAAUUUAGAAGUAUGAAAGAGUUAUAUGAAAGAAAGGUCGCAGAGCUGAAGACGAAGCUCGACGCCGCAGAAAGGUUCCUCAGCGCCGCGGAGAAGGAGCGUCUCGAGAUCCCGCGAGAGGACGAGCGGCCGCGGGGCCCGAGCCGGGAGCAGCGGCGGCGCGAGGAGAAGGAAAAAGAAAGCCUAAAUGAAGAAUUACAUGAAUUGAAGAAAGAGAAUAAGCUUUUGAAAGAAAAAAAUGCUCUUGCAAACAAGAAGAAGGAGCAUUUGGAAUGUGAAAUAAAACGCCUUAAUAAGGCUCUUCAGGAUGCCUUGAAAAUAGAGUGUUCUUCGUUUCCUGAGGACUGUUUAAGGAAGUCUGAAGAGUGCUGCCAUGAAGAGAUGAGAACAGAAAUGGAAGUUCUCAAGCAGCAGGUGCAAAUAUAUGAAGAAGACUUCAAAAAGGAACGAUCGGAUCGGGAAAGACUUAAUCAAGAGAAAGAGGAGCUACAGCAAAUCAAUCAAACUUCUCAAUCCCAGUUGAAUAGGCUGACUUCUCAGAUAAAAGCUUAUCAGAUGGAGAAGGAAAAACUAGAAAAACAAUUAAAACAGAUGUAUUUUCCAACCUGUAACUGUGGCUUGGUUUUCCACCUGCGGGAUCUGACCCACUCUGGGGCUGUGCAGAACCCACUGGAGCACCCACCAGACUGUCAGUGGUAUGCGCUAGACCAGCUUCCGCCAGAUGUACAGCACAAGGCGAAUGGUUUCUCCUCAGAAAAGAAAAGCAAUCAGUAGAAGCUACUUCGACAGAAGGGACAACGGGCAAUGGGGCGCUUGGCGGAGGGCCCUCUUUUAUAUUUCUACCAGGGCUUGUUUCUGCCGCAAGCCCACAUCAUCUGCUCUGUUAUUGUGCGUGAUAAUGUUUCUCUUUGGCAUGGAUGGCGGAAAAGGCUUCCGACAGCUAAAAUCCUGAUGAAGUCUGAGGAACCAGUUAUGAUACAACCAAACACAACUUCCAGUUUCCUCGAAUGAGAUUUGGCAGGGGGAUUAUGUGCCUCUCCUUGCAACUGUCCUUACUGUUGGGUGUACAGGACUGACUCCAUGACUUCAGCAACUUCAUUUCCAGUGCAGCAAUAUUAUACAUUGAUUGAAAUAUAUAUGUAUACACACUAUAUAUAUGUAUAUAUAUACACACACAUAUAUAGUUGUAUAUAUUUUAUAUAUAUAUAUAUAAAUUUACAACUCCCAGGGAAUAAGGUUUCUAAGUUGUAAAUUUUUAACAUAGCUCCCAUUUUUUUUUCAUAGGGGCUUAGUUCUUUAGCCAUUUUGACUAGAUACGACGUUCAUCACUGCUGGCCUCAGCAAAUCUAAAAGUAGAAUUGAAGAGCUGUAUAUACUUGUGUACGUUACAUGAGUGGAUCAAUUGGAAUAAAAUGGUAAACUGGAAACUGUUCUUUACAAAGAUCAUUUCCUUAAGAUUAUGAGAAAUUGUAAGCCUACUUCAUUUUUAGGUGGAAUAGAUUAUGAAAGAUAAAGUCCUAACAGGAUGGUUGAUAGCAUGGCUGUGUUCUUAUAGAUUUACAGAAUUAGUUCAGAGAUAUAGGGAUCUAUGGUUACAUCUGUGUUUUUUUCCCCCAUGGAUUUGAAUUAAUAAUGAAAAACAUAACUGACUUCUCAACCCAAUUAAAAAGGAAAUAGAGUGUAUCCAAAUUUUAUUGCAAUUAUAUUAUACAAUGACAUGACAGAUGUCUACAGAUUAAGCAUAUUUAGUAUAAUAGCAUUAAGUUUAUCCAUUUAAUAAAAAUCCU